AUGGCGACGCGGUACUGGAUCGCCGCCCUGCCCGUCGCCGACGACAACGUCGCCGCCGGCAAGACCGCCCUCUGGGCGCGCCUCCAGGACGCCAUCUCCCGCCACUCCUUCGACACCCCGCUCUACCGCUUCACCGUCCCGGAUCUCCGCCCCGGCACGCUCGACUCCCUGCUCGCCCUCAGCGACGACCUCGUCAAGUCCAACAUCUUCAUCGAGGGCGUCUCCCACAAGAUCCGCCGGCAGAUCGAGGACCUGGAGCGCGCCGGAGGGGUCGAGCCCGGCACCCUCACCGUCGACGGCGUCCCCGUCGACAGCUACCUCACCAGGUUCGUGUGGGACGAGGGCAAGUACCCCGUCAACGCCCCGCUCAAGGAGACCGUCGCCAGCAUCCAGUCCCAGGUCGCCAAGAUCGAGGACGACAUGAAGGUUAGAGUUGCUGAAUACGGUAAUGUUAAGAGCCAGCUUGGCGCAAUCAACAGGAAGCAAACUGGAAGUUUAGCAGUUCGUGACCUUUCCAACCUCAUAAAACCAGAGGAUAUGGUCACCUCGGAACAUCUAGUGACACUGCUUUCUAUUGUGCCAAAGUAUUCCCAAAAAGACUGGUUAUCAAGCUACGAGUCACUUGAUACGUUUGUGGUUCCGAGAUCGUCAAAAAAGCUUUACGAGGACAAUGAGUAUGCUCUCUACACUGUAACAUUAUUUGCCAAGGUUGUUGACAACUUUAAGGUCCAUGCUCGUGAGAAAGGUUUCCAGAUCCGUGACUUUGAGUAUAGUCCUGAAGCACAGGAGAGUCGGAAGCAAGAGCUAGAAAAGCUGCUGCAAGACCAGGAAGUUAUGAGGACCUCUCUAUUGCAAUGGUGCUAUGCAAGCUACAGUGAGGUAUUUAGCUCCUGGAUGCAUUUCUCUGCUGUUCGCGUCUUCGUAGAGAGUAUUCUGAGAUAUGGUCUGCCUGCACGGUUCCUGUCUGUUGUCCUAGCACCAUCUACAAAGAGCGAGAAGAAAGUAAGGAACAUCUUGGAAGGGCUAUGCGGCAACGCCAACAGCAGCAGCUACUGGAGAUCCGAAGACGACGUGGGCAUGGCUGCUGGCCUGGGAGGCGAGGCAGAGUCCCACCCUUACGUCUCCUUCACCAUAAACUUUGUCUGA